UUCUUUCAGUAUGUUUACCGCUUAGUUUACUUCAGGGGAAGCUCUGGAUCUGCAAAAGGGGCAAAAGCGCCCACGUGGUCAAAACAGGUUCCAGGAUUUAAAAGGCCAAAAUCAGGCAUUUCCCCCUAGACAAUGUCAUUUCCAAAGCCGGAUAAAAGCCGCCUAAGGCAUCUGGGAAAUCCUCAUAUACUGUCCUUCUGAAAUCCUAACUCCACUCCAUUCCUGCAUCCGGGAUCACAAUAGCUUCUCGCUUGACAGAAAAUUAACUGGUCAAGCAAACUUCCCGAGGAAGACAUAUCCCUGCCGAUACUGGACGACACAAGAGUUUGGCAAGGAGGCGCUGAGCCGCCAUGGAAGACCUCGAAGCGUUGCUGUUCGAAGACUCGGAGAACUACUCCUACUCGUUAGAGUACUACGCGGAGGUGGACCAAGAAGAGACGGCCCACCUGACGGCCGUUCACUCGGUGUCCCUCGUGCUGUACAGCGUGGCGUUCGUCCUGGGGAUCCCGGGGAAUGCCGUGGUCAUCUGGUUCACGGGGUUCAAGUGGGACAAGACCGUCACCACCCUCUGGUUCCUCAACCUGGCCGUGGCGGAUUUCAUCUUCGUCCUCUUCCUGCCUCUCUACAUCACCUACGUGGCCCUGAACUUCCACUGGCCCUUCGGCGUCUGGCUGUGCAAGGCCAACUCCUUCGUCGGCCUGUUGAACAUGUUCGCCAGCGUCUUCUUCCUGACGGCCAUCAGCCUGGACCGCUACGUCCACUUGGUCCACCCCGUCUUCUCCCACCGGCGCCGGACCCUGAAGAACACCCUCCUGGUCAUCGGCGCCGUCUGGCUCGCGGCCGCCCUGAUCGCCGGCCCCGCCUUGUACUUCCGGGACACCCUCGAGUACGACAAUCACACCAUCUGCUACAACAACUUCCACCAGAGCGACGCGGGCAUCGUGUUGCUGAGGCACCACGCCUUGAUCUGGCUGAGGUUCGUUUUCGGGUACCUCUUCCCCUUGCUGACCCUGGUCGUCUGCUACUCCUGCCUGGUCCUCCAGGUGAAGCGGAGGAGCGUCCUGACGUCCAGCAGGCACUUCUGGGCCAUCCUGGCCGUGGUGGCGGCCUUUCUGGUGUGCUGGACGCCCUACCACAUAUUUAGCAUCCUGGAGCUGUCGAUCCACCACGGCGGCCACUUCCACGACGUGCUGCAGGCCGGGAUCCCGCUCUCCACGGGCUUCGCGUUCCUCAACAGCUGCUUGAACCCCAUCCUCUACGUGCUGAUUAGCAAGAAGUUCCAGGUGCGCUUCCGGGCUUCGGUCGCCGAGAUCCUGAAGCACACCCUGUGGGAGGUCAGCUGGUCCGGGACGGUGAGCGAACAGUUUAGGAACUCGGAGAACAAAAACCUGUGCCUUCUGGAGACCACACAGUGAGUCGACCGUCUUCUCCUCUAGAGCGGCGUGACUGCCCAGCCCGAUUUUCUGGGGUCCCCUCGCCGGGGAUACCUCCGGGCCCCCCGGCCGCGUGAGGGGCGCGACCAAGUUGUCUCAUCGGUUGAAGAGGGCAGACGGCCCCAGUGCCAACACGAGCCUUGGGAAGGGCGUUCUGUUUCAUUCUUACCGGUUAAGACAACUGCAACCGCUGUCGCUUUCUCUGUCUUCAAACACCUCUCCUACUGUCUCUUCAAACAUCCGUCGAAAACGCCUUAAAACGCCCCAUCCGAUUGUUGAAGAUCAGACUGAUUCAUUCCAAAAGAUGGGACUUUCCGGGCCUGGAAUUCAUUUUGGUCUUUAGGUAUUACCGCGCAGGCACCGAUCCCAGGCAUACGCUCGGUAUACUGCGGACGCAUUUAAUCUCCUGUGUAGUCUUAGUGCCUCCAGUACAUAUUCUGCUGCAAGUUGUUGAUGUAGCAUACUGCAAAUAAACGUUUUUAA